UACCGUUAUCCUGCCGCGGAGGUCAGUCAGGUCGCGGCGUGCGACAGAGACAGUCGCUCCAAGGAAUUUAAAGUGACUCCCACAUGCCGUUUGCUUGGUAUGGCACAACUGACUAUCAAAGACAUGGAGUGCUAUGAAGAGCAGCUCCAGUGCGACGCUCAGUUUCUGUGCUCUAACCAGAGGAUGUCCACUGAACUGGUUGACAGUCUGGUGCUGCAGCUCAACAGGAUCUACCCCCAGAUACUCAGUGACAAGGAAGCCUGCAAGUUCAGAAGCCUGAGAGUUCCCACUACAGAGCGGCUACGUGAGCUGCUGCAGUACCUGCAUGAGAAAGGAGACGAUGCAUGCUAUGAAUUCUACAGAGCACUUCACCUCCAAGCGGAGGACGUUUACUUCAGUCUGCCCACUAGAGUUAGACAAAGAGAGAUGACGGACUCAAGAAGUGCAAUCAAUGUGGCUGUCGUCCCAGAGCGAUAUGUGCUUAACGACAGAGGACCAAUUUUCUUUCUGAGUUGUUUCAGCGUUGCAGUUGGCAUUGCAUUUCUCUAUUAUUACGGAGAGGGUCAGAGACUCAGAUGCACGGAAGCAUUCUUUCACUGCUCUGCGGUGAGACUUGGUAAAGACGCCAAGGACGUGUUCGUUUCCUAUGUGGAAGUCGGGAAGCAGAAAUAACAAGACUGAAAUAUUUCAAAAGAACAAGCUGUGCUACUUUACUCUAUUGUGCCAAAUCAGUUUUACAUCUCCCUCUGCAGAGAACUUUUGCAUCGUUUCUGCAUGUAUUCAUAUUUUUUUAAAAAAGGACAUUGAAUUUCCUCCAAAAGUCCAUCUAUCAUCAAAAUGGAUGCUGCAUUCAUUAGUGAGGUAGUUGUGCAGUUCUUGAUAUUGACAGCACAUUGAUUAACACUGAUAAUAUUGACUGUAGCUGAUAUGUGGCUGCUGUUCUCUGAAAUGCGUUGCUUUGGAUUUUAACAGAAAACAAAAGGUCAACCUUUGAUCAAUGGAUGGAUUUUUUUCCUAUCUCUGUUUGACUCUUGGUUUUAUCAUAUGCAUCUUUGUUCUGCUCAUUGCCUAUGUCCAGUGUCAUGGUGCUGCUAUUGUCUUAGCAUAGAAAGCAGAACUUUCACAAUUUCCUGGAUUGCAUCA